AUGACUCAAGAAACAAGUGGUCAACCACAUUUAGCAAAACAAUCUCUGGAGGAUCUGGAUCCAACUAAACUCACACCAUUGACACCAGAAGUGAUCAGUCGACAAGCAACAAUUAAUAUAGGCACAAUUGGACAUGUGGCUCAUGGAAAAUCAACGGUUGUUAAGUCUUUAUCCGGUGUAUUGACUGUUCGUUUUAAAAAUGAAAAAGAACGAAACAUUACAAUCAAAUUAGGUUAUGCUAACGCUAAAAUAUUUGAGUGUGAUAAUGAAAAAUGUCCUCGUCCUGAACGCUUUCGUUCAGCUGGUAGUCUUAAAGAAGAUUCAUUUCCAUGUGAUAGACCGGAUUGUGGAGGAAAUUUCAGAUUAAUCAGACAUGUAUCAUUUGUUGAUUGUCCUGGUCACGAUAUUCUUAUGGCAACUAUGUUGAACGGUGCCGCCGUUAUGGAUGCAGCACUUCUAUUAAUUGCUGCAAAUGAGACAUGUCCUCAACCACAAACAUCCGAACAUUUAGCUGCCAUUGGAAUUAUGAAAUUAAAUUCCAUCUUAGUUUUACAGAAUAAAAUUGAUCUAGUAAAAGAAAUACAAGCAAAAGAACAAUAUGGACAAAUUAUUGAUUUUGUGAAAGGCACGAAUGCUGAAGGAGCUCCUGUGAUACCGAUAAGUGCACAAUUAAAGUAUAAUAUUGAAGUUAUAUGUGAAUAUAUAGCAAAAAAAAUUCCAAUACCAAUCAGAGAUUUUACAUCGAAACCAAGAUUAAUUGUUAUUCGAUCAUUUGACGUUAACAAACCUGGAGCAGAAAUUAAUGAUUUGAAAGGUGGUGUAGCCGGUGGAAGUAUACUCAAAGGAGUUUUAAAAAUUGGUCAAGAGAUUGAAGUACGACCUGGCAUCGUUUCAAAAGAUGCUGAAGGUCAUUUACAAUGUCGACCAUUAUUAUCAAAAAUUGUUUCGUUAUAUGCUGAGCAAAAUGUACUCGAAUACGCUGUACCUGGUGGUUUAAUUGGUGUUGGCACAAAAAUUGAUCCAACAUUAUGUCGUGCUGAUCGUCUCGUUGGUCAAGUACUCGGAGGUGUUAAUGCAUUGCCAGAAAUAUUUACAGAAAUUCAAAUUAAUUAUUUUCUACUAAGACGUUUGGUCGGAGUUAGAACAGAAGGCGAUAAAAAGGGAGCAAAAGUCUCAAAAUUGGCCAAAAACGAGAUGUUAAUGGUUAACAUUGGUUCCUUAUCGACAGGUGGUCGUGUUUUAGCUAUAAAAGAAGAUUUAGCUAAAAUACAAUUAACAAAUCCUGUUUGUACAGAAAUUGCAGAGAAAAUUGCGCUCAGCAGAAGAGUGGAAAAGAAUUUUCGUUUGAUAGGUUGGGGUGAAAUUCGCAGAGGAAGUGUUAUUAAACCUAUUUCAGAUUCAAGAAUCAUAACACCUAAAGUUGAUAAAGAAAAUUCGCGUCAGCUUUAUACUGUUCAUUUUGAGGCAAAACCAACGGACUGUGAGAAAGAGUGCCCAUCUUAUGAAUGUCCUGUAUUAGUAUAUAAUGAUCCAAUUGGUCAUAUUCGUGCAUUAAUUCGAAAUAUUGUUUGUAUAUCGUUAGUACAUGAUACAAGUCUAAAAACACUCAUCGGGAAUGAUGAAAGAAAUAUCAACAAAGUACCAUUUCCGCUCAAAGCUGAUUCUACAAAAACAGUUGAUGUUGAAAAUACUGAUUUUAAUGAAGAAAUGAAAUAUGAUUCUUAUGAUGAACAUUUGUAUAUAAUAUUUAGACGUUUACAUGGGAAACCACACAGAAACUAUAAUGAAGGUGGAGAACGUUAUAAAAUAUUUCAAUCUAAUCUAAAUCGUAUUCAAACAUAUAACGAACAAGAUGAUGGCACAGCUAUUUAUGGUGUUACACAUUUAAGCGAUCUAAGCGAGGAAGAAUUUACACAGUAUUAUUUAAAUGAACGUCUCUCUUCCGUGUCAACAUCCUCCCAUACAUCUUCAUCUAUUUAUAACGUUCAGCAUAAGUAUAGUGACAAUCCUCCUGAAUCAUUUGAUUGGAGAGAUUUAGGCGCUGUGACUGAUGUUAAAAAUCAGGGUUCAUGUGGUUCAUGCUGGGCAUUUAGUGUCACAGGAAAUAUAGAAGGAGUAUGGAAGGUGAAGAAAGGAGAAUUAAUAUCAUUAUCAGAACAAGAAUUAGUCGAUUGCGAUAAAGUAGAUGAAGGUUGUAAUGGUGGUUAUAUGACAACGGCUUAUAAUGCUAUAAUGAAUUUGUCUGGAAUUGAAAGUGAAGCAGAUUAUAAAUAUUUGGGUCGUGAACAACAGUGCCAAUUCAAUAAAACACAAGUGCACGUUUACAUCAAUGGAUCAAUCAACAUUACUCAAGAUGAAAAUGAAAUGGCUAAAUGGCUUGCUGCUAAUGCUCCGAUAUCAAUUGGUAUCAAUGCGAAUAUGAUGCAGUUUUAUUUCCGUGGAAUUGCACAUCCAAGAAAAUUUUUAUGUAAUCCGAAGGGGAUUAAUCAUGGUGUUUUACUUGUUGGUUAUGGAAAUGAAACAAAAGGAUCAAAAACUACACCAUAUUGGAUUGUGAAAAACUCGUGGGGUGGUCACUGGGGCGAGAAGGGCUAUUAUCGUGUUUAUCGUGGAGAUGGAACAUGUGGAAUUAAUACGAUGUGUUCAUCAGCUUUAAUCGAUUAA